AUGGCGGUAGUAGAAUCAGCAGAUAAGGCAGAUGCCUUUAAAGAAGAAGCCAACAAAUUCUUUAAGGACGGAGAUUACGAUAAAGCUAUCGAAAAGUACACUGAAGCUCUUGCCGUCAAGGAGUCAGCGGUAUACUUUUCGAACCGCAGUCUAGCUUACCUUCGUACUGAAUGUUUUGGUUACGCUCUCGAAGAUGCUUCGAAGGCGAUUGCUCUAGACAAUUCUUACAUUAAGGGAUAUUAUCGUAGGGCCAUGGUUUAUAUGGCAUUGGAAAAGUUCAAAGAGGCUCUGCAGGAUUUAGAAACAGUACGUUUAUCCAUUGUCUGCGACACGCUUUAUUUUGAACUUCAUAUCCCAUUCCCUUUCUCGCACAUGCCUUUGGAUUUUAUCCCGGUAUUUGAGGUACUUAUAAAUAUUUGCGCCUAA